UGUUGUGAACAAGAGUUUCCUGUCCAAGAUGGCGUCCAAUGUUGAAUGAUUAAAAGUGUUCGGCCCAACUACGACAAUAGUUGCCUUAAUUCUUCAAGACAUACUUAACAGAGAGAUAUAGAGGAUUCAGCUAUUUAGAUAAAAACCACUGAUUGGUAUGGCAUGUCUCCAUUUUACAUUUUGCAAGCAAAGAGUAUUAUAACUGAUUGAAACCAACAGGGUUUUAGUUGACAAUGAAUGAAACUAGACAAUUCAAAGUAUGGGAUCAUGAAAGAAAAGUAAAAAAAGGGGUUGUAGCCUCAUCACUAGAAGAGCUUAGAACUAAAGGCUGCACUAAACUACAUCUAGAUGAAACUUCUGUCCAUGUGGUGCUAGAGGUGGAUGGCACAGAAAUUGAUGAUGAGGAUUAUUUUUCCUUCUUGCCUAGUGAUACAGUCUUGAUGCUGCUUCCUGAAGGAUGUCACUGGCAUUCCCCAGACUUCUACAACAAAAGUGAAGAUCAUCCUGAUGGAACUGAUGAGUUUCACUUUGAGUGUGAGUCUGAACAUAAAUUGGAUACUAUCCUUGAGAAGAUUGAAGCUGAUAUAACAAAAUGUUUGUUGUUAAAUGACACUGAAAUGCAGCAACUUAUUGAUGCUAAGCCUGAAGAACUGGCCCCUAAACUAAGGAAAUCUAUCAGUGUUGUUAAAUCAGUUCAAGACUUCUGUCAGCGCCAUCUAGAUGAGAAAUCUGAAUUGAAAGAAGUAGCUCAACUUUUUAAAGCUUACACAGAAGCUGAAAACUAUAUUUCUUCACAGGAACACAAUUCUGGCCCAGUGAAAAGGAAAAGAUUUGAGUGACAUUAUGUACUAUUCAAUAUAGAAAACAUACAAAAUUGUUAUUCACUUAACUUCUUGAUUGGAAUGGUUAAUUGUGAUUUGUCAUAGUGAGAAUGGGCUAUAGAAUUAUAUAAAUGGCAGCUCCUUUGUUUCAAUAUGCAAAUUUGAUAUUGCCUUAAGGCUGACAUAAACCUGUACAUACAUUUUGAUGACGUAUUUUUCUUUAAAAUAUUUGUUAUGAAGAAAGUAGAGAAAAAGACCAGAUGUUUUCUGAAGGUUUCACCACAUUUCAACAUGUGGCUCAGUGCUCACUGGUGGACUAGGGAAAUUGUUGUAAAUUCAAUAUUAAAAAAUUGUAAUUACAGUAUUGCUCCAUAAUGUUUUAUUUCUCUGAAAUAAUUAUUGAUGUCCUAUCUCUGUAUUGCUAACAUCCUUUCUCAUUUGGAAUACAAUACCUGAUAAGGCAACAUGGCCGAUAAGUUGAGAACCUCUUACAAAAGCUUCUUGGCAAUCUGGCGUCCAUUGAAAUUGUGUUUUCCUCUCAGUCAAUUGGUGAAGGGCUCUAGCGAUAGUGGGUACAAAGCGUCUGUAAUAGCUGCAAAAACAUAAACCCAAGAAGCUUCUGAGCUCAUAAAGAUUAGUAGGUGUAGGUCAGUGCUUGACCACAUCCGUUUUUUUCUGGAUCGUGCUUACCCCGUCUUUGAAUAAAUAUUAGUUUUAUUCCCGCACUUCGAAUACGCUGCAUCACUUCCCUCAAGUUAUGUAUGUGUUCAUCAAAUGUCUUUCCGAAGACUAUAACACCAUCUUGGUAGACCAGGCAAGCAAUUCCAAUUAAAGCCUCGCAACUCUUGUUCCUUCAGUCUCUCGAAGGUUGCCGGUGCCUUGCACAGCCCGAAAGGCAUAACCAUAAAUUGCCACAGUCUGUUUCCAUUGGAGAAAGAGUGUCUAGUAUGUCAUCGAUACGUGGCAGUGGAUAGCUGUCUUGUGAUGCAAAAACGCAGAUAGCCAUCUUUUUUCUUAACUGGAACAUCAGGCGAGCACCAUGGGCUGUAAGAUGGCUCGAUGAGUUCUUGUUCCUUCAUUUGCUCCAACAUAUGAGCGUCCUCUUGUUGCUCUGCUAAAGGUAGUCCUGUGGUGUUUGCCAGAUUGGUCUAGUGUUGCCUGUAUCUAUUCUAAGGGUUACCAUAUUAGUCGGCUGCCAUGUUCAUUUUCACUGUCUAGCAUGAUGUCCUUAAUCUCUAGCAACAGUUGUUUAGCUUUAUUGUACUCUUCCUCUGACAGAUUCUCGCCCACAUCCCCAAGCAUUAGAUCAACUCAAGAAUCACAUAACGAUGCACUAUAAGCCAAUAUAAGCCAAUGUUCAAAGAGAUUCCAAAUAAUUGGAUGAAGUCUAGUCCCAGAAUAUUGGCAACCAAGAAUUCGUGACUGAAAGGUUGGUUUGCUAUCUCAAACUUUACAGUGGCCUGUCCUAAAUUUGGCAAAAGUUCUUCACUAGUUGUUUUGUAUAGAAUAGCCACUUAUUUCAUGAAUUUUAAUAGGACUAGGAUGAAUUGUGGAUCUUGAUGCACCAGUAUCGAAUAAAAUUCUGAAAAAAUGAACUCAUAUUUUCCCUUGUACUCUCAGGACUAGCCUAGGACUUCCUGUGAAUCUCGCUGCCUGUCUCCGCCCCAAGAGACCGUCAGAAUUUAGUUUUCCUGGUUCUGAGAUUGACCGAUAGCUUGCUGGCUACCCAAUCCAUCUCUUCCUCUCGGACGGCCUGCAAAUCUUCGACUACAGUUUCAUCGAAUAUGGCCAGCAGCAUUGCAAUUCCAGCAUUGAACAACCGAUCUGUUUUUGUCUGGGUAUUUGCUGAGACUGCCGGUCAUCUAUAGUUUCCACCACUUGUCUGAUAAUAUGCUUAAGGUCCUCCUCAUGAACAUUGAGCCCCCGACUGAAAUGGAUCGUUUUUGCUGUGUCUUUAGCUGCCUCAAAAGAUAAGGCGUUUAUCAAAGCAUCGCUGGCCUCUCUUUUUUCCACUUCAUCUGAUAGCCUUCUUCAAUUUGGGUCACGAACACCACCAAUAAACGCGUCAGUUAUGACAACAUAUGAGAUCUCCUGGGUCAAGGUCGGAUAAACCAAGCGUCCCAAUUGUUCGAUAUCUGCCAUCAACUCUUGUAGUGUCUUUCCUGGUUUUUGAUGUACUCUAUACACUUCGUUCAUGUGUUCGUCCCCAAAUCUGAACCUUCCCUCGUAACGCUAGCGUUAAUCCAGUUGCCUUUUCCUCGUUUGUACUCCAGUUGUUCACUUUUGCAGCCGCCUCAAAUUGUCAUUGAUAAACUGUCCACAAGACUGUACCACCAAAAAUAGGUGGCUUGACAUUUCCAGUUGCCUCGCUUGACAGUGAAUUUAGCCAGCACGACUCUUUCUGGACUCGCAGAGGACUUGAAUCUUUUGCUCCAUCUCUAAUGUUAGCUUUGACUUCAUCCCUUAGCUUACUUCUGAAUUCCUCCAGAUCAUCUUUUUCCUGGCUAGUCGCAAUUAUUUGCAUUGACCGUAGAGGCACUUUUUUCAUUUCACUCAAUAUUCCGCCGAGAUCAGUUUUCACUUCAAACUCGUGAGUGAACCCAUCUUCUUUCAAGGCCUCUCUCAGACGGCUAACGAAGGCUUCUUUGUUUCCAGACGCUACGAUGUCUCGCCUCUAAUACCUUACGGAUUUCGUUAAUCCGGAGUUCAUAUAGGUUCAUAUAGGUGUUGAUCCCACUUCUGACACAAAUUGUUACCACGUGGGGGUGGAUUAAAGAAAACAACUCAACGAUUUUCAAGUCGUCUGUAAUCAGUGGAUACUCCCAGUAAAAAGAAUUAAUUUCACAAUACUCCUAAUAAAAUGUACAUAUCCUGAUUCACUUACACCAAUUAAAAGAAAAUCCUCAUUCUAUAAAUCAACGAUCAUCAUUCCCGUUCCUUAACACACUCGCUCACCCCACAACAGCAACACAAUUCAAAGAGUUCUCACCUGGAAAAAUGGUUAGCCAGAGGUAGCAAGUCUACAACAAAUAUGUUGUGUCAAUUUUUUUUUCCAAUAUAAAUAUUGUUGUAACUCUAGUGACGGACUGAAAGGGUUAAUGUGUGUGCGGGCUACUGAUACACACGACUCAGGCCAAUCACACAGGUCAACGGCUGUCGAUAGACAAGGGACAAUACUGUUAGUUCACGCAAACAUGACCCAUGUUGUGGUCAUGUGAUCGAGAGGCUUAACAAGAGACAGUUGAGUCUAGGACAGCAAGGCAGUAAGGACUUGUGGUACCUUUGAGUCCUCGAAAAUGUAGCUGUACGAGCUAGAGAGAGUAGUAAUGUUUAGUUAGGCAUUUUUAUUAAGUUGAAGAAAACAUUUGAAUUGAUGUAGCCAAUUGUGUUGAAUUGGCUGUCGAUGUAUUUGUAAUUAAACCGCCACUUUGUUACUUGAAGCUGUUGUGUUGUUAAGUAGUGUUUGCAGAAGGACUGGUAGAGAAGAUCGUAACAAUAUGUAAUAUCAAGCAAAAAAAAAAAAAUGAAAUUGAGAUUUAAAAAAUCAGAUACACAUUUUUUUAUUUCAUUGUUUCAAUGCAACAGAUCCAAUGGCAACACACAAAUCAAUGCAUCGAAAGUAAAGAAUAUUGAAGAAAAUAAAACAAGUUACUUAUUCCGCUAUGUCUUUUUGUGGUUUGGCCACAAGCACAAUUCAUUCCAAUAGAACAAAUGACAAGCUUUAGUAAUGGUAGGUCCAAUGAGGAUUGCAAAUACCCAAAUAUCUCAUCAACACACAACUUUAGAGCUACAUUUAGUUUCUUAAUAGUGCACUGGAGAUUAUUUUUGGUUAGCAGUGUUUUUUUUUGUUUGUUUUAAAAAGCCCCCCUUUCACCCCCCCCCCCCCAAAAUCAGCUUGCAGUUUGCUACAAUUUGACUCAAAUCAAACUCAACAAACUAAAGUUACACGAGUCUUGCAAUUAAGAAUCUUCUGAGGACAUGAAACUGCAGGGGAACAAGUUUUGAGCUGCCCGCCUAGUCCCAGGCUCUCCAGUCACACUGGAUGUGGGCAGCUCUGUGCGACAAGUUUAUUGUAUAAUACAUUUUACAAAAUGACAAUAGUGAUUAACAUUUACACAGGCUUGUAUGUUUGAAACAUUCUGUUCACUGACACUUAAGCUAUAUACAAAAAUAAAACAUAAGGCUGGUUAAUUAUUUUGUGUUGACACAGCAAUCAUGGGUUAGAAUUAUGUUUAAGUACUAUUGCCUCGACCUGUAAUAAUGCAUAAGCAAAAAAAAAAUGUAUAGAUUGAGUGAACAAUGUAUUGAGCAACAAAAAUAUAUAAAUACAAAAUAAAACCUCAAGUUCCAAAUAAAAAAUCCAAUGGUGUGAAAAUUGUGUUUUCUUUACUUUUGGGUCGCCUAAAUUUUAAAAAAUCAUAUAACUAAAUGAAAAUGGAAGCUAUUUCAUUGCACAUUUCUCUGAGAUUAUAGUUUUUUACAGACAGAUGUAUACUUGAAUUUUUAUUCCCAUAUCAUUUAAGUAUACCCAAUGAAGCUUAGUGUGGUCCUUGAAAACAAGACAUUGACAAUAGCAUUCCAAUUUUGUUGUUGUAGUAUGCUGAUAGAUCGAUUGAAUAUCCCAUAACAAUCUUAGGGACAACACAACAAGUCAGAUAUCUGAAUAGUGUCAACAAAUACCAAAUGCAGAACACUACUAUCUAAAUAUCUAGCCAAGUAGUUUUAUAUAGCAUCCAAGAUUGUCUCCAUUUGAAUCUAAUUUCAGAACAUAACUCCAAUACACGUUCAGCCAGUACACAAUGUACACUAACAAACAGUUUAUGCUAUUUGUAGCAACUUGGACCAAACAAUAGAUUGUUAUUCCACUACAGAGACCUAAACAAAUAUUUAUAAUAAAUGUGAAUAAAAGAAGCAGUACAAAAAAAUAUGUACAUCAUUGAAUUCCCAAUGGUGUCACAAAUUUAAGUAAAAAAAAUAAAAAUUAUUUAUAUAUCUACAUAUCAGAGCAAAUCAGAAAAGGAAGGCACUUCUUGAUAAUAUUGGGGAGUCAAAUGAAGGUUUCAAUAUGAACUCCUCAAGUAUACUGUAAGGAAAUAAUUUCUCAUUCAGAUGUCUAUCCUUUCAACAUUUUGUGUGUGACUUUUCCUAUGAACUGAAUGUAUACAGACAAGUGAACUAUGAAAGAGCAGCUUAUUUUAUAGCUGCAGCAAGGAGAUGUAUGCUCUACACAGUGGAAAUCAAAGUCUUUGAGGAAACUUUCAUUUAUUUUUUCAACUUAGGGUCUUUUUAAUCAACAUUGAAAACUAACAAGUCAAAGUCACAGAAAAACACCUGUGGAAGUUUAA